CCGCAGCCAAGCGUGUAGCAACCCCCACACUCGCCUAGCUGCAACUCCCUCCUCCCUGAAAUCCUUCCUUUUUAUUCCGGUUUCCAGAGCACGCCUCCAGGCUUCGACGGCACCACGCUGGGACGUAAGUGCCGAGGGCCGCGGCGUCUGACGUCAUGGCGUAGAGCCUAGCAACAGCGCAGGCUCCCAGCCGAGUCCGUUAUGGCCGCUGUCGUCCUGAAGAGGAUGAAGGGGCCAGAACAAGCGAAACUGCUGCCCGGGUCGGCCAUCCAAGCCCUUGCGGGGUUGGCGCGGCCGCUGGUCUUGGCGCUCCUGCUUGUGUCCGCUGCUCUAUCCAGUGUUGUAUCACGGACUGAUUCACCGAGCCCAACUGUACUCAACUCAGAUAUUUCUACCCCAAAUGUGAAUGCUUUAACACAUGAAAACCAAACCAAACCUUCUAUUUCCCAAAUUAGUACCACCCUCCCUCCCACAACGAGUACCGAGAAAAGUGGAGGAGCAUCUGUGGCCCCUCAUCCCUCACCUACUCCCCUGUCUCAAGAGGAAGCUGAUAACAAUGAAGAUCCUAGUAUGGAGGAGGAGGAUCUUCUCAUGCUGAACAGUUCUCCAUCCACAGCCAAAGACACUCUAGACAAUGGCGAUUAUGGAGAACCAGAUUAUGACUGGACCACGGGCCCCAGGGACGACGACGAGUCUGAUGACACCUUGGAAGAAAACAGGGGUUACAUGGAAAUUGAACAGUCAGUGAAAUCUUUUAAGAUGCCAUCCUCAAAUAUAGAAGAGGAAGACAGCCAUUUCUUUUUUCAUCUUAUUAUUUUUGCUUUUUGCAUUGCUGUUGUUUACAUUACAUAUCACAACAAAAGGAAGGUAAGUUUGGGAUUUUUUUAGCCCUUUA